UUGUGUGGAUUGCAUGACCAGCUCACCAAGAGCGGUGUGAGAAGUGGGGCCCAUGUCUGAGGGAGCGUACCAACGCCUCUGGGACUCCUCCCACGUGGCCCUGCAAGAGCUGCUGGACCAAGAGCAGCCCCUGCUCGAACCCGUGCCGGACCGCGAGCGGCACUCGUUCCAGUACAAGCUCUCGUCGCUCUACCUGCAAUACCUGGGGCUGCUGCGCCGGUUCGACACCCUCUACGACCAGAUGGUGCAGCCGCAGAAGCGGCGGCUGCUGCGGCGCCUGCUGGACAGCGUGGCCGGCCGCGUGCUGGAGCUCAAGGACGAUCUGGUGCGCGCGGACCUGAGCGAAUACCACUGCCUGGACCGCGUGCUGCAGGACCUGAGGUUCACCCCGGCAGACCUGGAAGUUCCAAUCCCCAAAUACUUCCUGCUGGAGCAGUCCAACAUUCUGAAGGAGCGGGAGCUGAUGCUGGCAGAGAUCCUGUGGAGAAUGAAGCCAGCGACCUCCAGCGAGCACUUUCCAGAAAUGACUCGGACCGAGGCCAUAAUCCUACUGCAAAGGGCCGAGCGGGCCAGACAGGGCCGGCUCCGAGCCACCUUCAUGCGGGAGAUUCGGAAAGAAGAGGAGCAGAAUCGGAAGAUUCGAGAGGAGGGUUGGCAAAAAUUCAGUCAGGACCAAGCUGCUGUCUCCAUUCAGAAGGUGUGGAAGGGUUACCUGCAGAGGAAACGCACUCAUCGGGACCGGCAAACUGAGAUGGAGUUCAUCGGCAUGCUCCCUUCGCCCAUCCAGGUGGACAACUUGGGUAUCAUGUCCCAAGCUGGCUUUGCGGAGGAUGUCCGGAGACUCUGCCAGACAGAGAGGGAGGAGGAGUUCCAGCUGGCGAUGGUGACGACUCACGACUCUCUCAAAGAGACAGAGGGACCUGACAUAAAGGAGAAAUUGAAGGAGCAGAUCCGACAGUGGUUUAUUGAGUGCCAUGCCCUCACUGGUCGAUUCCCUGAUUAUCCAGAUGAGUCUUUAGGUGGAUCCUACCUGAUCUUUUCAGACAAGACUCCAGAACAGCUAAAAAUGGAACUGGAGAUGCAGGCCCAGGAGAGCAAAAAAAGGGACCAAGAGAAAAAUAAGGAAAAAGAACAGGAGAAAAAAGAGAGGAAGAAGAAAGAGGAGGAAGCAAAGACCAGGAAGGGGGAAGCAAGCACAAUGCUGAAAGUGUCACCAUCCAAAUUUAUACCUGUGAUUAAUGCCGGACAUGAGGAGUACAUACAUGUGUGGAGGAGCCGGUAUGAGAGUAUACACCCCAAUCAGAGUUUUGACCCCAAGACGCUCCAGAUGGAGAAGAAGAAGGAAGUGGAGCAAGAGAUCCGGAUACAAGUGGAUGAGCUGAUGCGUCAAGAGCUGAAGAACUUGCGCCUGGCUGUGGACAGGGAGGAGGAGAGAGCCUUGAAGGCUCCGAAGAAAAAGACUGGGAAGAAAACUGGGAAGACGAAGAAGGAAAAAGAUCUGACCCUGAACAGGUCCCUGGACUCUCUGUUUGAAGAGCUUGUUGUCUCUGGCUUUCUAAGGAAGAGUGAGACUGUGCCUUUGAGAGACUACAUUGGUGACUGGCUCUAUCUUGGAUCCACUCUGAAUUUGGCCAACAAGCUGCCUAUGCCUUCCCUGUUUGAUGUACGACAGAACGUGGCCUUGUAUGCGGUCCUCCGGCUUGGCUCCCCAGAUAUACACUCCAUGGCUCCCCUCAUCCGCUCCAUCCUCCUGGUGGGCCCGUCCGGCGUGGGGAAGAAGAUGCUGGUCAAGGCCGUGUGCACAGAAACUGGCGCCAACCUGUUCGACCUGUCACCUGACAACCUGCAAGACAAAUACCCGGGCACGACGGGGGUGCAGAUGCUCGUGCACAUGGUCUUUAAGGUGGCUCGACUCUUACAACCGUCUGUGAUCUGGAUUGGGAAUGCCGAGAAGAAUUUCUAUAAGAGGGUCCCGAAAGAAGAGAAGGAGAUGGACCCAAAGCGAAUAAAGAAGGAUCUCACCAAGGCCCUGCGGCUGCUGCACCCGGGAGACCGCGUGAUGCUGAUCGGGACGACCGACCAGCCGCAGCUGGCAGAGCCGAAGGGGCUGUGUCGCACCUACGAACGGAUCCUCCUGGUGCCACGGCCCGAUUAUGCUUCUCGCUACGUGCUCUGGAGGCGGAUGAUUGAGGCCCACGGAGUCCGGGUGACCCAGGGCCUGGACAUCAGUGCCCUGGCCAAGGUAUCUGAUGGCUACACACCUAGCCACAUUCACCAAGCCAUCCAAUCAGUGCUGACCGAGCGGCGGGUCCUGCAAUUAUCAAAGAGGCCCCUGGUGGCCUCGGAGUUCCUGGGGCAUCUGGCAAAGCUGGAGCCCGUGUACAGGGAGGAGGAGGAGUCCCUGAAGGAUUGGUACUUCAAGACUCCACUGGGCCGGAAGAGGGUACAACUCAUCAAGGACCAGGAUGCUGAGGAAGCCAAGCUGGCGAAAGAGAAGAAAAGGAAGUGAUGGCCGGGGCGCCCGAGCUUAGCAGUGGGCCCGGGCAGCGCCCCCAGGUGGAGGGGCAGGGGCAGAGACAUAAAGGCCCACACAGCUUG